CAUGGGUAAGAAACAGGCUUGCUACCUGAAUAUACCUGAAUACUUCAACGUAUAGGAACUGGUCUGUGAGCACAGUUCGAACUGGACGGAUCGACGGAUUGAAAAUUCUUUCAACUUUAGCGAAUAUGACUGAUUUCCUUUCUUUUUUGUCCCCUGGUCAAAUUGCUCAGAUGGCGGUUUCAGCCUGUUAAGAUGGGCCGACUUUUAUGAUAAAUCGCAACUUACAAGCAAGCUAGACCGAGAAUCUUGAUUGAACUGUGGGAAAUCGCCGCCCCGGACAUGUAGUGGCAAGGUUGAAGGCAACCCCUGGAGAUCGGGGUUGCAGUAGUUAAGUAAACAGACUACUGUCAAAAUCUCAGUACUCGUCAACAGUCUACGAUACAAUGUCAGAUUCCGAGGCCAAAGCCUUCAUCCAGGAGGUUUGGGGGCUCCAGGGCACCGCCUAUUUUGUAGUUGGUCUCCGUUAUUAUACCAAACUUAAAAUUAUGGGAUGGCAUAAGUUUUCCUGGGAUGAUUUUAUUAUGUUUUUGGCUGUUUUAACAUACACGGCGGAGUCCGUCAUGGCUUAUCUUGUUGUGGCAUAUUGGAAAGGUCUUGCCAACAAUGCAAUGACGGACGAGCAACGCGCAACUCUUGAUCCAAACUCGGAAGAGUGGUAUUUGCGAGUUAGUGGCUCGAAAACCCACGUAGUUGGAUUACUUCUCUAUACAACGCUUCUCUGGCUGCUAAAAUCGUGUUGGUUGGUGUACUAUUCUCGACUAACAGAUGGAGUUAACAAUAUGCGACAAGUGAUCCUUUGGGGUGCCGGUAUCAUUGCAACAACAUACAUCUCUUGUUUGCUUGUUGCCUUCCUGAAGUGCAUUCCUUUCAAUCAUCAAUGGCAAAUCAAUCCUUCUCCUGGGAAUCAUUGUAUGCCUGCAAUCUCGUCGAUUCAGACUAUUUACGUAAUGAUUAUGAACUCACUGACGGAUUUCUAUCUAAUGGGUAUACCUAUUCCUGUUGUCUGGAAGUCACAUUUGCCAUGGAAGAAAAAGGUUGCUCUUCUCGUCAUGUUUAGUGGUGGUUUGCUUGAAAUGGUGUUUGGUAUCAUGCGAUGUGUUUCGAUUUUAACACUUGGUGACAUCGAUCCUGCCCAGUCAGGUUACUGGUCCGUUCGCGAGUCAUUCGUCUCUGUGGUUCUAACCAACAUGCCGAUGAUACAUCCGUUAUUCAAGAAGUUUAUUGAUAAGAGCCGCAGUUUGAGUAGGUCUAAGGGUACAAGCCAGGGUGAAAGUCGAGGUUACAAACUUGGUAGUAUUCCUGGCCGCGAGCUCACGGGAAAGCGGUCGAAGCCAUCAUACUCAAUUCCAAACGAGACAACUUGGGGCUCAAAGGAGCAUAUAGUAUCCGAACGAGAUCAUGGUGGUGCUUCAAGCGGAAAAGACACAUCUCUAGACCUCCCGAAACAUCAAACUUCCGGUGCGUCAAGAGGGGAGAAGGUAUCCAAGAGACCAAGCAAAGAUGAUAAUCGGAUCCUUGUCACCACCGAAUAUACGGUGACGGAAGAUACUCGGAAUUCUAGUUCUAGAGAGGAGUUCUAAGAUGCCUCUGGGCCUGUGAAAUAUGGGUCGUGUUUGUUAAGAUA